GAGAGAGAGAGAGAGAGAGAGACGAGGAGAAUGGGCGAGAGGCAGAGAAAUGGAGGGAUGGCAUAAACGAUGCUCAGAGAAAAAGGCGAAGAGGAGCGGACUAGGUUUGAACCCGUCUUGUCAGGUUCCUUCAUUAUUCUUCCCAAAUUCAUUUUGUCUUCCCCGGCGGCGUUAUUUCAAUCCCUCAGCAAACCGUGACUGGCGCUAUAAUAGAAACCACCACAUAUGGAUCCUGGCGGGCGUGAAGGGAGACGUCUUCAUGCCAACGUUCGGGUUCUAUUGAGAGGCGCGCGCUGAGGCAGCGGUUACGCAUUCACACACCCACAUACACGCGCGUCCAUUUGUCAUCGCUGCAAAGUUGCGAAGAAAUCUCGGGACUUGAAUCGUGACGGGAUGGUUGAACGUGGCGCAUUCGGCGCGCGUCGCCCUCACGGGAUGAUCUGCUGCUGGCAGGUGUUUUUUCUGCUCUGCGUCUUCUUUCACAACUACCUGGGCUCCCUCCUGGACUGUCCGCCCACCUGCACCUGUUCGCCCACGGAGAUUUAUUGCAAUAUGUCAGACAACAGCAAAUUCUUCCCGCUGCUGUCGUUCCAGGGAAGCGGGAACAACACGGGCAGCAUCGAGGACCUUUUCCAGAACAUCACCUCCAUACACAUUGAGAAUUGGACUGGUCUGCAGACCUUGAGAGAUGUGGACAUGGAGCUCUACACUGGCUUACAGAGGCUAACCAUCACAAAGAGCUACCUGCAUGCAAUCCAGACUCGUGUUUUCUCCAAGAACCCCCAGCUGCGCUACAUAAACUUGUCCAAGAACCCAAUGCUGACCACGUUGUCCUGGCAGAUCUUUGAGCAUCUGCAGCUCUCUGAACUUCACUUAGAGGGGGUGCUGUUCGACUGUGGCUGUGAGAUCCGCUGGCUGCAGCUGUGGCAGCUGAGAGGAGAGGUGGGGCUUAGCACUCAGCGCCUACAUUGUCAUGACGGCAUUCAGAAGAUACUGCUGAACGAUAUGAACAUCAGCAGCUGUGACCUGCCCGACAUCAGUGUGAGCCACACCAACCUCACAGUCAUUGAGGGCGACCGAGUGACAGCCAUCUGUAACGGUUCAGGCUUGCCGUUACCGGAGGUGGACUGGCCUGUCAAUGGCCUGCAUUCCAUCAAUGCACAGGAGGCUAAAGUUUACGACAACAACACCAUCCAUUCCAUCAACAUUACUUUAGUCAAUGUGAGCAGAGACGACAAUAACUUCCUGCUCACGUGCACAGCCACCAACGUUGUGGGUAUGACCAAUGCUUCAAUCCAGCUAACGGUCCACUUUCCUCCCACCAUCAUCAAGCUGAAAGAGCCAGAGCGUCGCCACGACACAUGCAUAGAGUUCACUGUUCGAGGCUCUCCCCAUCCAACCUUACGGUGGUUCUACCAGGAAAAGGAAAUCUCUCACACUGAGUAUGUGCGUCUUGACAUGGAUACGUAUCAGGACUACAUAGAGGGCUGCCUGACCUUUAAAAACCCAACGCACCACAACAACGGCAUGUACGCAUUGGAGGCUACUAACUACCUGGGUAUAGCCAGCAGUAAGGUGUACGGCCACUUCCUGGACAAGCCCUUCAACGGAUCAGAACUGGAUUAUGAUUAUGUGACACCAACUGCAGAGACUCACAGACCUGAGGAAGAUAAUUUCGGGGUGUCAAUAGCAGUCGGCCUUGCGGGAUUUGCCUGUGUGAUGCUGGUGGUUCUUUUCCUUCUCCUGAACAAGUAUGGAAGACGGUCCAAGUUUGGCAUGAAAGGGCCUUCGGCAGUUAUCAGUGGUGAGGAGGACUCUACUAGUCCGCUUCAUCACGUGAACCAUGGCAUUAUCAGCCCCUGUACCCUGGAUGCCGGGUCGGAUGCUGUCGUAAUAGGAAUGACAAGGAUACCCAUCAUAGAGAACCCGCAGUACUUCAGACAUGGACACAACUGUAACAAACCCACCACCUAUGUUCAGCACAUUAAACGACGGGAUAUUAUUUUAAAGCGGGAGCUCGGGGAGGGAGCCUUUGGAAAGGUCUUCCUCGCUGAAUGCUACAACCUGAGCCCCACCAAGGACAAGAUGCUUGUGGCUGUAAAGACUCUCAAGGAUCCGACUCUUGCAGCCAGAAAGGAUUUCCAGCGUGAAGCUGAAUUGCUGACAAACCUCCAGCACGAGCACAUUGUGAAGUUCUAUGGCGUAUGUGUGGACGGGGACCCUCUCAUCAUGGUCUUUGAGUACAUGAAGCACGGAGAUCUGAACAAGUUUCUCAGAGCCCACGGGCCAGACGCCAUGAUCCUGGUGGAUGGACAGCCACUCCAGACCAAUGGGGAACUGGGCCUGUCCCAGAUGCUUCACAUAGCAAGUCAGAUCUCGGCUGGGAUGAUUUACUUAGCGUCCCAACACUUCGUUCACCGUGAUCUGGCAACUAGGAACUGUCUGGUGGGAAACGGGCUUCUGGUGAAGAUCGGAGACUUUGGCAUGUCCAGAGACAUUUACAGCACAGACUACUACAGGGUGGGGGGUCACACCAUGCUGCCUAUACGCUGGAUGCCUCCGGAGAGCAUUAUGUACAGGAAGUUCACCACAGAAAGCGACGUGUGGAGCUUUGGAGUCAUUCUUUGGGAAAUCUUCACUUAUGGCAAACAGCCAUGGUUCCAGCUGGCCAAUAAUGAGGUAAUAGAGUGCAUCACUCAGGGCCGGGUUCUGGAGCGGCCCAGGCUCUGUCCCAAAGAAGUCUACGAUAUUAUGCUGGGCUGCUGGCAGCGAGAGCCACAGCAGCGCCUCAACAUCAAGGACAUUCAGAAGAUGCUGUUUACCCUGAUGAAAGCCACACCGGUGUAUUUGGACAUACUGGGGUAGACCCGGUAGAACCAUCCUUAGGUUAGGUUAGACUAUCACUGGACCGAAGUGGGGGGGGGGCUCACAUGAGGGUCCGUCAAGGAAGCAUGGUACUCAACAUUAGACCCGGGUGACAACCUGACUGGAAUGUACAGACUAAAGUGAACGGACCCGGAUCACACUGCACUACAUCAUGUUCUAAUCAAACGAAACUAGUAUGGUUUGGUACAUUUUCCCCAGUAAUUUGAGUAAAACAUUUUUCACCUUAUCUCCUCGUGUGCUACGUAGAUCCAUGUAGCACUGGUUUGAUUGCAGUCUGGAAAAGGUCUGACUCAGUCGGCUGCGGUAUAUGAGUCAGGCUUUGGCUGCAUUGGCUCACCAGCUAAGUCUGAUUUGUCCCUGGUCCUUAGCUGAAGUACCUGCACUCAAAGCAUCUGCACCAACACUGUCUCCGGCUUCACUGCUUGAUACUGGCUAAAUUGAAUGGAUAACCCAUCUUGUGUUUGUCCUUCACAACACCUUCCAACAGAGAUUACCUAGACAUAUAUAGGACCCAUAAGCAUGAAACAGGGCAUGUGUAGAUUCCACUGUGUUCUCAGUGAUUUGAUCUGUAGAGACACAUUCACACAUUCAGCUGAACCCAACAAGAUCUUCCAGUCCUGAGCCUGGAAGCAUGGCCUGCGUGACGGUCUGUCGCCAUAGAAACUGACCUAAGUGCCUCCUACUUCUUUCUAAACACUGGGAACUCGAAAAUAUAUAUAGUCUUUCAAAAUAAAAGCAUUUUUAUAUUUCCUUUACCUCCUUUAAAUAUACACUAGCUGUAAACCUUCCUCCUUUUUCUUACAACUGAACCUACUUCCCACACGUUAUUUACUGAAAAAUAAAAUAAAACAUAAAUAAAAUAAUGAAAAUAAGAAAAACGGCUUCUGGAGAAAAACAGAAAAUAUAAAAAACUUUUUGUACCAUUUGCAGCUUGACAAGAACGCCACACUCUCCCAGAAAAGGUUACAUUUAGUGUUGUUUUCUUCAUAUGGCAUAUGUUUCUUCAUUGGGUGGAUGUCCACUUCCAAAGCCAUUAGAAUACUCUCAUCAGUCUCUACCCGGAGCCUGAUCUAAGAGAGUGAUGGAGCUGAUGCCUGUUGUUUUUACAAAGUUGUACAUACUAUAUAUAUUGACAUUUUGAGAUUUCUUAACUUAUUUCCUUCCUGUUUUAUUAUUUUCAACUUCUUCUUGUUCUUAGAUAAUUUGUUAAUAUCCACACUUGUAAUUUAUUCUUAUAAUUACGUUCAUUCAUAGGGUUUAAACAUUUUAAAUAAAUUUUAAUUCAUUGAUUCUGUGUCCCUAUUGUUUGGGUUGCCGAUUUAGUGUUAAUGUAGGAAAUUCAAUAGUGUAGAGGAAAGAUUAUCAGGCCAUUAUUAUUAUCAAACAUUCUAAGGCCAGAAUGUUUAAAAAGAGGCUGAGUCAUCAUAGUUGGACAUGACCAUAUGACCAGAAUGGAGCAAUCAGCCAGAUACGCCACAGCAGCAGCUGGUUGAACAAGUGCUGAGUGAACAUUGGGCUCAGCAGUGGUUUGGUACAUAUGUUUCUGCUCAGUAUUUGUCCAUAAUGAGAGCCAUUACUAUACGCAUGUGUGAGGAGAAUGUAGAGACGGGCUCACCAUUGCUCAGGUUAGAGGACUGACGCUGCUCAGUGGGAGCUGUCAUAAUACUCAGUGUGCUGAUGUUUAACUGUGGUGCAUCUUGUGUUGUCCUUUCUCAAAGGCAAAUUUGUGAUGAAAUAAUGUUUUUCUAGGCUUUAAAGUUGUAAUUGAGCUGCAUAAAGGAGGCUGGAGGCGUCACGUAGGUGUAAUGUAUAAAAGCUGCCUAGAGUGGAAACUUUUUAUAACUACUAGGUGAUACAAUCACUACUGAUACUACAUCAGUUCUACUACAUCAUACUUACCUUCCUGUUUUAACUGGUUUCACGUUCCCCUUUUUGUAUUCCACAGAUGUCUGAGGAGGCAGGAGCAAGACAGGACUUAUACAGUAUCUGUGGACACAUGUAAGAGACACAUCAACAAUUUAUGUGUUCAUCUUAAAUUUUUGAUUACAGAAUAAUGCACAUUACAUCUCAUCCUGCUGCUCACAGGUUACUUUAAGUAGCUCACUACCAUCUUCCUUUUUACAUUACUAACAUUAAAUGUCUUGAGGUGCAUCUCCACAGAAAUCAACCCAUGUAGUAUCAUAAAGACUUGGUGGAAGCUGAUUGAUGAUUAUCACAGAAAUGAGUGAAAUUGAAAUUUAAUCUGACAUUUAAAGUCUUUUGCUUUGGACCAGUCUGUUCACGACUCCCCCCUGAACUUAAAAUGAAGAUAAGCAUUUGUCUUAUCAUCACCUGUAUACUGUAGAUUCACGAUGUCGAAGUAUCUUGAUUGGAAGGUUAAUGUGAAUUAAUACAUGAUUCCUGUUAAUAAUGUCUUGCUGUUUAGAAAAGAUAAAAAUACUUCACUUAAAAGAAAUUUUAAUGUGUGGCUAUUUAAUAAAUUUACCAGAACUUCGUCAUUACAGGUUAGGGUGUGCAGAGUCCAGUGGUUUCUCAUUUACGCUGCCCCUGAACCAGAGGAGUGUGUCACUCUCAGUGGUUUCCAAAACAGGCACUAGUAAAAGCGAAUCCAAAGCUGUUCUUGUCCUAUGGUUGGUUGAAAUAUGUUGCCACUCCAGCAACUAAGUCAUGUGAUAUGUGAGACUACAACACCAAACCUAAUUGUCUUCACCUGGGUUAAUUAAGGAUGAAUGUGUGUUAGUCCUAUCCUGAAAGAGCUUGUGAGGAGCUAAAUGCACCUGGUGCAGGUACAGUAACCAGCUACUGACAGCACAGCUGUGGCUCCAGAGACUGUUGGCCUUGUGCUUUGUAGAUUAACUGUUCGUGCAGUUGUUCCAGCUGAUGCUGCUGUAUAGUAGAGACAGUAAAAGUCUUCUGGAGGAACAGGCGACAUGACAUACAACAUACAACUAAUUGCAUUCUUCAGCUUCCAGUAAUUCAGUCUCUAUAAUGACAUUCUGGUGUUUGUUAUCUGUAAUUUGACCUAAAUAUUAUGUUCAUACAUCUUUUUUAAAUUUUGGUUUUCCUGCUCAAAUAUUAGUUUGACUGAUUUUGUUUUUUUUCCCUCAAAUAUUUUCCUGCAUCUUUUCAUUAACAGCCACAGGUGUGAAAAUCAUCACUUUUCAAUAUUAAGUCAGUGUGUCUCAGUUCUAACCUCUCUCUCUCUCUCUCUCUCUCUCUCUCUCUCUCUGGGUAACAUGUUGUGUAUCUGUCUCCAUAUUAUCAUUUACAACUAUGUAUUAGAAUAUUUUGACAAAUUACGUUAUCUAAUGUCUUUUUACAGCCAAAUGUGGUGUAUUUAGGUCAACUCUAUGUAGACUUCCAACUCAUUAAAGUUCAUCUUUAAAUUGUU